AUGAGAAUAUUAUUAGUCGAAGAUGAGCAAAAAACGGGUGACUACCUUAAACAAGAUGGACUCACAGGUAAACAAUACGCACUUUCUGAAGAUUAUGAUGUGAUCAUAUUAGACGUCAUGUUACCGGGGGUAGAUGGCUGGCAUAUCAUAGAAGCCGUUCCGCGAGAUCAAAUUGAAGACCGCGUAAAAGGCUUAGAGUUGGGUGCAGAUGAUUAUCUGGUAAAGCCUUUCGCUUUUGCUGAACUUCUCGCAAGAAUAAAAAGUUUACUGCGUCGAGGACAGCAAAGAGAAGACAGUAACUUAAUUAGUAUUGCCAAUCUUGAACUUGAUAUCAGAAAACGACGUGUAACGCGUGAAGGACAACGUAUCGACCUGACUGCGAAAGAGUUUGCAUUGAUGGAACUAUUUAUGCGGAGACGUGGAGAAAUUUUGCCUAGAGCACUGAUUGCCUCUCAAGUCUGGGAUAUGAACUUUGACAGUGACACCAAUGUUGUCGAAGUUGCGAUUAAACGCUUAAGAAAUAAAAUUGACAGUAACUUUACGCCUAAACUGAUUCAGAAUAUUCGAGGAAUGGGGUAUGUGCUAGAGGUAGAAGAUGAGGCGUAA